AUGUGGGCCAAGCAGACGAAACAACCCGCGGCGGGUGCGGAGGACGGAAGCGGAAUUUCCACUCCCGCCACGGCCGGUGGUUCCGCGCGACGAGAAGACCGCGCGGGGAAUGAGUUACUGCGCCCGUCCGCCAGCAGCGACGCUCGAUGCAGUUCCGCGCGUCACGCACGCGGUGUUUCUGGCAGCGGGAGAAACAUCGGCGAAAGUUCCGCUCGAUACAGCCCCCGAAUUGGGGAUGCUUGUGCGUCUUUCGAGGAGACAAUCGAUGGAAAGCGCGACGAAGCCGCGGAUGGCGCCGUGACCGACGGUGCGAGUGACGGCGCGAGUGACGGCGGUGAUUCGGACGACGAGUUUGUGGGUCUUUAUUGGACGGCUGUGGAGCACCGCCAAGCGGCAAACGCGGCGCUUUCCACGGCGCUGAAUCGACUCGGGGUGGGCGCAAAAGAGGGAAGAGGGGACGCAUGUUUGGUGGGGGGAAGCACGCGGCACGGCGGGCGCAGCAACGAUGCGGAAGAGUUUGGCGGAGGGGGGAAGGUGGAAGGGCUCGGGGGAAGGCGGAGGCGGAGCAGCAGCUGGGGCAACCUCGCGGAGUCGCAGGAUCCGCUGCAGGCCGGGGAAGGGGACGGAAGCGGGCGGUUCGCGCGGCGACAGGUGGGGCAGGUGGGAUGUGGGGAAGGCGGUUCAGGCGAUAUCGCUACGGGCUCGGGCAGGCUCGGAGAAAAAGAAACCGCCGCUGCGGCUGCCGCUGCUGCUGCUGCUGCAGAUUUCGCCUUUCCCAAAUACGGCGCGGCUAGUAACGGGGUUGCGUGUAGCGGGGAUGAGAGCGCGCGGCCGGGGCACAGGCGGCGGCACAGCAUCACGUGUAUCGACACGGAGCUGAAGGAACUCCUUGACUUGGUUGACUUAAAGGGGGAGGAAGCUGCGGAGGAAGCUGCGGAGGAAGGGGAGAAUGGGGAAGCGGCGGGAAAAUCGGAGAAAGAAGCGGAGCACCCCGCUUGUCGGGAGGGACACCAGGGAGGGAUGCGCAGAAAUGGAGGGAAUGGAAGGAAUCUUGUCAGGAGAGACACCAGGGGUCGCCCAGGUGCGAUCCCCACUGCGAAUGCGACUGUUCGUUCUCCUGCAGCAGCAGCAGUAGCGUCGCCGACUGGGAAUAACCCCGCGUCUAUGCGCACUAGUAACCCUUCGCCUCGCACGCAUUCCGGUCAACUGCUCGCAAACACCCACGCUGCCACCAGCGCCAGCCCGUUUGCGCGCCGCCCCGCGCGGCGCCGCAGCCAGACGUGCAUCGACACGGACCUGAAGGAAUUCCUUGACCUCAUUGACUCGGACGAAGGGGACGAGACGGAUGAGGGAGAAUGUGUUCCGCGGGACGAGCGGGAGGGAAGAGAGGGCGGGGAAACGGGGAAAGGUGAAGGAGGGGAGGGAGAAGGGCGGAGGGUGAGCUUUGAGUUUGUUACGCCUGAGGCUGCCUCCUCUGCCCGUCGCACCCCCAACGACCUCCCUCUUGGGUACUCCGCCUCUUCCCCCACUCCCCUCUCUCCAGCCUCAUUAAUUUCCCCAUCAGCCAGCCCCUUAACGUCCCCCUCAGCAGCUGCUGCUGUGGCUGGGUUUCCGCAGCACGCUCCAGCAGCACUGGCCCCUAAUGGUGGUGCCAGCACGCCUAAGGGCGGGGCCAUGGCAGUGCGCGCAGCGGCAGGGGGUGCGAGAAGAGGAGGGUGUGCGGGAGGUGACUCGAGCAGGGUUGGUGUGAGCCGCUCUGGUGGUGUGGCGUCUCUGUGGGCUGCUGCCUCGCACAACCCUGCCAUCGCUCAGUCGUGCCGCCGCCCUGCUGCUGCUGCUGCUGGUCCACCUACUGCUGUGGCUGUCGACAGGGCUGCUGCUAUGGCUCCAGCCAUUGCUGUUGCUGCCACAGACAGGGCGACUGCUCGACCUGCCAACUCGCUGCGAGUGAACGGCCGGCGCCUCAGCGCGGGCGACCUCAGUGCUCUGCUCGGCGGCAGCAGCUUUGAAACUAGCGAUUCUGACUACACGUCUGGUUACGCCACUGGUUACCCCACCAAAGACACGGGUGUAACCAUGGCUGUGGAUGUGACCAGCAGCGGCGGCGGCAGCAGCAGCGAGCGGUCGAGGCAAAUGUGCUUGAAUGAGGCGCGGCGGAUCGCUGGAGUCUGCUACCCCUCACUUGCUGCCGGCUCCCCUGCUCCUGGUCCUCCUGGUCCCUCUGGCCCUGCUGGUCCUGCCAGUCCUCCUGGCCAUCUCGCGCCUCUCGGGUCCGUAGGCCCUCACGCCCCUCCUCGCCCUGCUUCCAUUGGCAAGCUGCUUGGAGGUGACAUCACCAGGCUGUCCGAGUCUCCCCGAACUCCCCCUAGGGUUGGUCAGGAACUUCCUGGGAAUGCUCUGCCGGGCAGUGCCUGUGAACUUUUUCCUGCCUGUGGAAAGCUGCUGCGGCCUGGCACUCCUGGAGUGCCUUCCCUUGGAGGGGCUGGGAGGGCUGCUGAUGGUGCUGUGUCUAACACGGUUGCUGCUUCUUCCUCUCUGGCCGCUCCUGCCGGUAAAGGCUCGCAAGCAAGGGCACAUCACAAGCGUAGCAGCAGUGCAGUCGUGGUGCCUCAGUCCUGUGAGCUUAUGGGUCAAUUUUCAGCUGGCUCGGGGAGGAUUUCAUCCAUGAGUGCGUAUUCUCCCAUCAGUGCUGCGGUUCAGAAAGGAGCUUGUGCCACGCGCCCCCUGCGGGAAACUGCGAGUGCUCGUGCGUUGAAUGUGAAUUCCAUUGCACAUGCUUUGGAAACUGCUCAGCUGGGGCAGGCUUACGCCAAGCAUCCGGAAAUUGCUUAG